AUGUCUCCGUUACUUAAACCGAAUGAGUUUAUUGUCACGACGUGGCUUUUUGUUAACAGCCAGUCGGGUACACGAACGGAUAAUGAUCUUUUUGACGUGUCUGAUACCCCGCAAGACCGUCAAUUGAUAUUUAUUCGAGGUGCUGUACGUGAGAUAUCGCUGUACUUACUACUCCUACCUGAAAGCUCUGGUAAUUGGCAACUAGAAGUGGGCAUUCUCAUGGAUAUAGACCGAGAAGGAGACGCUGGAGAGCUGCCUAUUAAGGGCCGAAUAUGGGAGAGAAUGAUGUCGAAACAAGGCGUAGCAAGCGGGAAUUGGGUCCACGUGGCGAUAGUGUUAGAAGCCAUGAAAAUACGCCUCUAUUUGAACGGUAUUCUCGACUGUCAACGCUCGUUAGUAGCGCAAAGUACUGCUAUAUGGGCGGCUGGGAACGUGGAUCUUCCGCUUCAUUUCGGAAGAUUCCCAAUGACGCAAACUACGUCCUCCGCGCGUUCCGGUGUUUCGACGGCUGGUUGA